GCUGUGUUACUGCUUACUGCCGAUCGGUGAAAGUGCCAUUAAAGUGCGUGCAAGCGGCGGGAGGGGCUCCUCAACGAAAAGCCAAGCUGGAAGCGGCAACCACCACCACCAACCCGCACCCGCGCCUGUGAUGAUGGCGGUACAAUCGCUUGCCACCAAAGUACGGUUGAACCAGGAUACGGCCAAGCGAUUACAGGAGGAGCAUCCGGAACAGUUUGUGACGCUCGUGCGGAUGCACCUGUCCUUUGUGCUGGAUCUCAACACCGACACAGAGAACGACCCCGUAGAGCAGGAUAAGCAGAAGAUUAAGAAAUGGAAGGGGUUCCACAAGAAGGCCAAAGGAUGCACCUCGGUGAAAGCAACGACCUCCCCGGAGACGGCCAAAACAACGCUUACAGCGCCGAUCAUCAGCAACUUGCGGCAGCUGAUCGCCUUCUUGGAGCAGGAGCAUAAUAUCUCGCAGGAGGGCAUCUUCCGGAAGACGGGAUCGCUAGCACGGCAAGGGGAACUGAAGAACUUGCUCGUUCAGGGGAACACUCUUCCCCUAGAUCAGGGAGACUACACGGCGCACGAUUGUGCCAGUGUUCUAAAGAACUUCCUGUCUGAGCUUUCGGAACCACUCCUUACGGAGCUCUACUAUCCGGCCUACCGCCAGGUAGCGGAAAGUUUCUCCACCAAGGACAAGGAACCGGGCCGCGGUGAGGAUUGGUUGUUGAAUGCGUUGCAGCUGCUACUAUUGCUGUUGCCCGAAGAAAAUCACAGCCUACUAGACUGUCUGAUCGAUCUGCUGUACCGGACGGUACAGCACGAGGCAACCAACAAGAUGUCGGCCGAGAAUCUGGCGAAGCUCUUCACACCGCACCUCAUCUGUCCGCGGAAACUGAGCGCUAAUGCGCUGCACGAAACGGCCUCCCAAAUGUUUGUGAUCGUCGAGUUUAUGAUCAAAACGGGACCGAGGCUUUUUCACAUCCCGACCAAACUGGCAACGGACAUUCGGGCCUACUUCGUCGAACAGAAUCGUCGCCGUACUAUGUCACCGGAACACAUUUUGAACGAAUCGACGACCAGCGAUUCGGUAGCGAACACGGUGUAUACGUUCGUAGAUCGCCAGAAGACGGCCGAGGCGCACAUAAUCGAUUCGACCGAUACGGCACUGGCGGAGCUGUAUGCGCACAUCCAGAGUUUACCCGAAUCGUCGAAGAAGAAAAAGCUGGUCAGCAAGUUUAACCACCAGAACCGGUACGGUACACCGGUGCAACGGUCAUCCGGUGGAUCCGGAGGAGGCGGCGGUGGUGGUAGCGUCGGUCCGAAGUAUCCACGAUCGUUUGGUGAUUCGAUCAAGCGGCACAUCUUCCACAAGUCGCUCAUGUCACGCACUCCGAAACGAAGUGCCACGACCGGUGGCACCCAAACUCCGACCCUCUUCCAGACACCUAACGGAAGCAGCUAUCAUGCCGCAAAGCAGCGUGUCCUCUUUCAGAGUCCCGCCUCGGCCAUAUCAUCUCCGUCCAGCUCCAACUCACCGGCACAAUUGCUACGACGCACUUCCUCCACCCUGUCAUCGUCCUCCUCUACCGGAACUCCAUCGAUAUCGACACCCAGCUCAAAGCAGCAGUCACUGAGGGUUAGCUCCGUCGCAUCUGCCUCACGCUCGGCUAGUAACGGCACCGGCACGGAGUCUAUCGAGCAAAGGAAAGAUCUCAAACGACAAUCCUCGGAAGGAUUGGGAACUAUGGCGAUUAUGUCGUCACCGACGACAGAUGAAACCGAGCAGGAACGAAAACGUUCCCGCGUUGAAGAGCCCACAGGAUGCGAUCGGCCGCGGUCCACAGUUGUACGCUUUGCUACCACGAAUGAUACGGACGAAUGUGUCCAUGAAGUGGUGCUGCCAGCACCAGAGGACGAUGAAGAUUUUGUCGACCAAGAAGAUGACGAUAUCGGUAGCGAUCGCGAUGAUAAUGAGGAUAGAGAAGGAGAUUCACUCGAUGAUCCUGCCGAGGAUCAUGCAUUUGUUGAUGAGGAAGACUUUUCGUCCGAUGAGUUGCUGCCGGACAGGAUGCACAGCGAUACGGAGGAUGAACGGUAUGGUUCUUCGCUCGGUGAAAGUCGUUCCCGGUAUCGGUCGGAACCGAAUCUCAGUGCCAUCGUGUGGAACCGUGGUCACUUCGGAAAGCAGACUGCGGUGGGAUUAUCGUCCGUGCUGGCAGAGAAAGAACGGGACACACCGGAUGGUGGCGUGCUUGCAAGGGACUCACGUUCCGGCCAAAUCGCUUCUUCGCCAGUCGCCAUAACGCCCGGCAGUUCGACGAAGCAACGAAGAAACAUAAAUUUCUUCAAAAACAAACUUAUCAAAGGUGUCUCGAUGGGUAAUUUGCGAUUCCCGUUCGGGAGCGAUAGUAAGUCAAGUAAAAAGAGUGGCGAAUCGAAAGGCGAGAGACCACGGUCGAGCAGCACCUCGGUUGGAUCUAGUGCUAGUGGUUUGUUCAACGAUCGUGGCUGG